AUGGUGAUAGUAAAGAAUAUUGAUGUAUUUUCACUAUGUGAACAUCAUUUAGUUCCUUUUACUGGAAAGAUAAGUAUCGGAUAUAUUCCGAAUAGACGUGUUCUUGGUAUAUCAAAAUUAGCAAGAAUAGCAGAAAUGUUUUCAAGAAGACUUCAAGUACAAGAACGUUUAACUAAACAAAUUGCUGUGGCUUUAGAAGAAAUACUUAAACCACAAGGUGUUGCUGUUGUCUUGGAAGCAAAUCAUUUAUGUAUGGCAAUGCGUGGUGUACAGAAACCUGGAAGUACAACUGUAACAAGUGUUAUGUUGGGUGUAUUUAGAGAACAAGCUAAAACAAGAGAAGAAUUUUUGACUUUAAUAAGAACUUAA